AUGGCAACAUUGAUUGACGGCAAAGAAUUAGCAAAAUCUAUUCGCGAGAAAUUAAAGCAAGAAAUUACAGAUCUUGCACAGAAAUAUCCCGGCUUCAGACCGCAUCUUGCCAUUGUUCAAGUCGGAUUAAGAGAAGAUUCUACCGUUUAUGUGAAACAAAAGGAAAGAGCUGCAAAUGAAAUCGGGAUUGAAAUUACGUUACAUAAGAAAGACAGCACUAUUAGUCAGAACGAGCUCUUGGAUGCCGUGAAUGAACUAAAUAAUAAUCCAUCAGUACAUGGACUUUUAGUUCAGCUUCCAUUACCAGAGCAUAUAGAUGAAAAAGUAAUUACAGAAGCAGUGGAUCCAAAGAAAGAUGUGGAUGGUUUCCAUGUAUAUAAUAUAGGGAAUCUUGCUAAACGCCACAAUAAACCCAUGUUCUUACCGUGCACCCCAAAGGGCGUUAUCGAAAUGCUUAACUUUAUAGGUGUGGAAAUCGCUGGUCGACGCGCUGUUGUAGUUGGCAGAAGUGAUAUUGUGGGACUUCCCAUGUUUAUGCUUCUAUCAAGAGCUGAUGCCACAGUAACACUUUGUCAUUCCAAAACACAAAAUCUACCAGAAAUAUUAAAGACAGCUGAUAUUCUCGUGGUUGCUAUUGGACAACCCGAGUUCAUUAAGGGUGAAUGGAUUAAACCUGGUGCAGUUGUUAUCGAUGUUGGAACAAAUGCUAUUGAAGAUGAUACGAGGGUAUCUGGAGUUCGAUGGGUUGGUGACGUUGACUUUGUGUCAGCAUCGAACGUAGCCUCUUACAUUUCUCCAGUUCCAGGUGGAGUAGGACCAAUGACUGUAGCCAUGCUUUUGGAUAAUACUGUUCAAAGUGCAAAGAGGUUUUGGAGCAUAGACUAG